AAUAUCUAACCAGCCCUAACCCCGCCCCUCCUCGGUCGCUGUUAUUCUGGGGUAUGUUUGUUGUGGGUUCGUUUGUAGCCUUGUUCUGGUCGUCAUUACUUUAAGGUUUGCACCAUGAGCUUCAGGUUCUCCAUCUUGCAGUCCCUCAAAGAAUUGUCUGACAGGAAGCUGCAACAGUUUAUGAGUAACAUUGAUGACGUCCACGGUGUUUGGCUGCAGGAGAUCAAGCGAGAAGCUGACCGCGUGCUCACUGGGGAUUUGAGUGCCCCUCCAGAAUUGAUGCCAAAAACUCCGUCUCAGAAAAGAGGCCGCAAGAAGCGCGUCUCUCAGGGGUCGCUGGGAGGACCUUCAUCCAGCAAACGGUUUUCCAAGGGCAAACGUAGCAUAAUACGGGGCUCCACUGUUAAACCCUUGGACCUAAUCACCGAAGAUGAGGGCAUACCCCGAGCCAGCACGUCAGGGCAGGUUGUCGAGCAGCCCAAACGCAGCACUCGCAGACGCAAACAAACUCAGACUGAGGCAUCACUGGAGGCAGCAGCCUUCAGUGACUGCAGUGCAGAACAGGUACCUGAGGUGGGACCAGAGGUUGCAGAACAGGAGUUGAAGACUGCAGUAGCUGAGGAGAAAUCAGAGGUCAUAGAUAUGGAGUUGGAGACGGCGGUACCCGAUGCUGAGACAGAGAUCGAAGCAGAGACAGAGAUCGAAGCAGACGAGCCCAAAGCGUGUUCCUCCAUCCCCACACCGGUGCCGCGCGAGAUCCCCGCCCCCACGGUCUCAGUGAGAAUCUCUUUCACAGACCGCCGCUCUGCAGAGCUGGUUGCACAGCGUGUGGCGUCGCCCGGCCGCAACUCCACCAGAAUAGUCAUGGCCGGUACACCCAGCAGGGCCCAACGCAGCUCCAACGUGCGCCUCUCCAGCAAGCUGCGCUACUCCAAGGCCGUGCUCCGCCACAGCAUGAUGCGCCGGACCUCCAGGCGCGCCAUCCUGAAGAAGAAAUCGACUCGUGUUGGCAACACGACAUGCAGUAGCAACGCUAGAGAUGAUUCUUGCAUGGAGACCGAUGGAGAAGUGGAGAAGGAUAGAGAAUUGCCAUCAGUGGAAAGCGAUAAGGGUGAAACGGCGGUCGAGGAAGUCAAAGCUACUGCGGAGACGCCGGAGCCGAAGCCAGUGGACCCUUAUAAGCCUGUUACUCGCUUGAGGGCUGAACUCUCUCCCUCUGUGUUGCUUUUACCUGCGCUCCCCAGCGGGGUCAGAGGCGUCCCCGCCAGUAACGGCUCAGGAAGUACAGAGAAAGCUGACGUAGGCAGUCGGAGCAGCCUUGGUGUCAAACGCAAAUCGCCUGACAUUCAGGAGGACAGCCCAAAUAAGAAGCUCUCGCCUACAAGGAAAAGUAUAUUGGUGACUAGGCCAAACAAGAAAGCCUUCCUCCAGAGUGCACAGAAGAAACAGAGGCUCAUGAGGACUCCAACGUCUGGGGGGCGCAACACUGUGAUCAAGUCGUUCAUCAAACACACCACGCCGCUCCAGAUAAAUGCAAAGUCAAAGGAACUACUGGAAGCUCUCAAAAAGAAGCAGGAGCAGGAAGAGGAGAAUAUGAAGAAGAUGGAGGAAGAGAAGAGACGAAAGCAGGAGGAACAGAAACGGAAGAGGGACGAGAGGCUGAGGAGAGUGGUGGAGGCCCGAAUGAAGGAGGACGAGGAGAAGAAAAAGAGAAUCGAGGAGAAACUGUCCUGGACCGAGGAGAAAUCCAAAAAGAUGGCAGGAGAAAAGGCCAAGAAGAAAAUUGCCGUAAAGCAUCAGGAGGAGGUGGAGCAGAAGAGGAGGCUGGAAGAGAAGGCCAGACUCACGAAGAUCCAGAAAGACGAGAAGUGGCAGCAGGAGCUGGUGGCCAAGCGGGCAGAAGAGGAGGUAGAGCGCGAUCGCAAGCUGGAUGAAGCCUGCAAAACGCUGGAACUGAGGAUGGAGAAGGAGCUAGAGCAGGAGAGAAAAGCUCUUGCUGAACGAGAGCGUGCAGAGAGGGAGAAGGCUCUGCAGCGUGAGCUGGAGAGUGCAGCGAGAGAAGAGAGGAGAGAGCUGGAAGAGCUGGAAAGGAGAUGGAGGGAAGAGCAGCAGCGGUUGGCUGCUGAGAACGCUGCCCGAGAGACAGAAGCUGCCAAGCAGAAAAUGGCGGCAUGCUCGUUUGCUUUAAAUAAUGUUCAGAGCUUUGAAUUUAAGACCCCCAUAAGGACGGCUGCUGCCCUGAACAUCACUAUGGAUGUCGAGCUAUCCCCUCAGUCUUACAGAAUCACUCCAAAGGGUGGCAACAAAAGACUUAUUAAAAGCAAUAAUGCUGAGGAUUAUGGGAUGGACCAAAACAGCGAUGACUCCACUGAUGACGAGAUGGCGCCACGGAAAGCAGUCCCGUCAUGGGCAGAAGGUCUCAAUCUGCAUGAUGCCAUCGCCAAGCAGUACUUCAACCCCCCAGAUCUGCAUACCUACUUUGGAGUAUACGAGCCUCCGAAGCUGGAGGUCAUCUUCUCCAAGAGCAAACCGCGCUACUUCCAGCGCACAAGCUCCGCUGUUUGGCACACUCCCCCCCAACAUGGCCAUUAUUAGAUAGGAGGGAUGGGUUUUAUUUUUAAGUUUUGUAUGGUAAUCGAUUUGAAUAAAGAAUGUGAAUCUUUAAAU